CCGCAGCUCGGGGGAAUGAGCGCAGCAACAGGUUGGAGAGGCUGAGGUUUCCGACGUGAAAUCUGAUCCGCUUUUUUUCCCCUAAAGAAAGUUGUGCUGAUGUAAUUUCAAAACUUUAUAGAUGCGUUAUCUGAGACGAUUUUAGACCGCAUCCUCCAGCGCUUAGAUUUUCGUGAUUUUCGGAAUGCUCUCCGGGACUUUCUUCCUCGCAACGCUCUGCGUUCUGGCGCAGCUGGACACUUUGGAGACGUUUACGCACGGCUGCCAAUUGCCCUCCGAGUGGCGGCCGCUGAGCGAAGGCUGCCGGGCGGAGCUGGCGGAGAUCAUCGUGUACGCUCGGGUCCUGGCGAUCCACCGGGAGCCGCUGGGCUUCGGCCUGGGCAACACGCACAACUCGCUGCCCUUCGGUUACGGCUACGACGCAGCGGAGGACGGGCUGCUGUACUCGGCGGAGGUGGAGCUGCUGUGCGACCAGGCCUGGGGCAGUAUGCUGGAAGUGCCGUCUGGAUCCAGGCUCAACCUGACCGGGCUGGGGUACCUGUCCUGCCAGUCUCACGCCGUGAUGGAGAAUUACUCCUACUUUUUCUUCCUCAGGAUGGAUGAGAACUACAGCAUCCUACCUCACGGUGUCAACUUCCAGGAUGCAGUCUUCCCUGACACAGCGGAGAACAGACGCACCUUCUCCAGCCUUUUCCAGUUUUCCAACUGCAGCCAAGGGAGCCAACCAUUCCACACCUUCAGCCCAGACUGGGAAACCCAGGAGGAUAGCAGGCUGCUGUGCUCCUCGGUGCAGCUGGCCCUGUUCGAGGAGGAGGAGCGGGGCCGGAAGCUGCAGGAGCGCCUGGCUACGGCCGAGAGGAGGAACCGGCAGCUGAAGGAGCGCGUCGGCAAGGUGAAACGCUCCCUGAGAAACGCCCGCAAGGCGGCACGCAAGGCCGAGCAGGAGGCACGGAAGCUGCAGGAGCGACUGAAGGCAGCGGAGCGUCACCUCAAUGCGGUGACGCAGGAGGAGCCCCCGCUCGGGGGUCUUACGGGUGCAGCGGCGCGGGAGAGGAUGCAGCUUUAACUCUUUUUAUCUGCCAAGUGGACUGAAAGCUGGCCGUGGAGUGGGAGAGACUGCUGGACAGUCUGAAUGCAAAGGGACAAGUGCCUUUUAUGAAUCCAUACACCAACUAUUAAAGUAUUCCUUCAAAUAAUGUUCCUGUAAAUAAUCUCCUAACGCUCUGACAUGGCAUACAUAAGUGUAAAUGCUAGUCAUGUUUAUGGAAAUAAACGAAAAAUAAUCUUAAAUUUGUUUUCCGUUUCUCAUCUUGCUGUGUGACUGUGAUCAUAGAGGCGGAGCUUCUUGGCUUUAUUUCUAAGUACCAUCCUGAUAUGAUAUGAUAUAUGAAUGUUUAAAAAAAAACACUAUUCCUCUGGAAAAUAUAACAGGAACUGACUGAUUUAAAGAGAUAGGAUCAGUGGUAAAGUGCUAAAUCACGUAAAUCCAGUGCUAUCCUUGACAACCA